AUGGGAAACGGGGUGUGCUCCCGAAGGCAGCGGAGGAUCUUCCAGUGUCUCCUGCUGGUCACCGUGGUGUGCGGGAUGAUGUACGGCGGGAUGGUGUCGUAUGAGAUGCACAAACAGCUCAAGAGGACGGAGGUGAUGGCACUAAAGUAUCAGCAACACCAAGAGUCGCUGUCGGCGCAGCUCCAAGUGGUGUAUGAGCAUCGCUCCAGGUUGGAGAAGAGUCUUCAGAAGGAGAGGUUAGAGCACAAAAAGGCCAAAGAAGAUUAUCUGGUUUAUAAACUUGAAGCACAGCAGUCACUGAACAAGGAAAAGCAAGACUCAAACAGCAGAUACAACUCUUUACAAGUGCAACAUCAGAUGUUAAAGAAUCAGCACGACGACCUGAAGAAGCAGUACUAUGAGCUGCAGGAACAGCACCAAGCCCAGGGUGAGGAUCACAGUCGGCUGGUGGAUGAGCAUAAGGAGCGCUACGAUAAACUUCAGAAGGCCAAAGAGCUGGAAAUCUCCCAGCUCAAAGAGGGUGUAUUUAAUUUAAGAGAGGAAAAUAAACAACUAAGGAAAGCCCACCAUGACAUUCACAUACAGCUACAGGAUGCCCAGAUCCGACAUCAGGACCUGAAGGCAUCCCAUGAUCAUCUCGCACUGACGCUGGAAGACCACAAGAGUGCGCUGGCUGCAGCUCAGGUGCAGGUGAAUGAAUACAAGCAGCUCAAAGAGUCCCUAAAAAAGGCUCCCAGUAUGCCACAGCAUGAGCAAAACACCCAUCAGCUGCAGGCAGCCACCACAAAACCAAGGUCCUACGCCCAUGAAGAUCACCGGGCUCACUGGGACACUAAUUCAAGGUCGGACCACCAAGCCAUUGAGGUGCACGGUCACUCUGAGAUCCAAUCCCACUCCACUGUAACCCAGCACACUGCAGCUGAGAAAGAUGAGGAUCGAGAGGGAGAGGCAGAGAGGAGGAGGGAGCUGGCAGAGGAGGAGAUGGCCCAAGCAGGGCAGCCUCAGAGGCUGGAGGAGGACCCGGACCAGCUGCAGGAUGAACAGCAGGAGGAGGAGCAAGAGCCAGAACAUGAACAACCGGAUGAGAACGCUUUGGACCAACAGAGACACCAGCCACAGCUGGAUCCUUCUGUGAAGCUGCAUCCGGAGGAUCAGCUCCAGCACCAGGCACCAGCCCAGGUGCAGCAUCUAAAGUCAGCCUACGAGCAGCAGCUGGAGCAGAAGCGUCUGGAGGCUCAGAGGGCCGAGGAGCGCAGGCAGAUCCAGAUGCGACAGCAGGAGCUCCAGGCCCAGAGAGAGAGGGUGCUGAAGGAGAGGGAGCAGAGGCUGAAGGCGGAGCAGGAACGAGAGCAGCAGCAACACAGGGAGGCCGACAGACAGGAGCAGAUGCUCAGAGAGGAACACCAAAGGAAGAAGACAGAGUAUGAAAACAUGGACAAUGAUAUUCGAGAAGACGAUGGUCACAAUGGUGUUGAUGAAGAGAGAGACGUUCAUAUGUUGCAUGAGGAGGAAGGGGAGGAGAAUCAAGAACCAGAUCACAGAGUGCCGCCACAUCAGCAGGGUGAUGUAGAUGGUGACUUGGACCCCGAGGACGACCCCAACAACCAGGGAGAGGACGAGUUUGACGAGGCCGAGGACGACCGGCCGCAGCACAGGGCUGCCGAAGUGGACGAAAAUGCGGCUGAAGGGGAAGAGGAGCCGGCGGUACCAGCCCAGCACGUAGAACCACAUCAAGGCCCCAAACAGCCUGCUGUGGAGGAAGAACUGGUGAUAGCUGGAAAUCCAGACCAGCAGGAGGACACACUGGAUGACCAGUACCAGGAGGAGGCAGAGCAUGAGGCCCAGGAGGACAUAGCUGGUGGACAGAAGAGAGAGGAGGUGGAGGAGGAGGAAGGAGAGGAUCAAUAUAAUGACGAGAACACAGACCAGGAUGAAGUUAAAAACCAGGAAGGGCUCAGAAUGGAGAGAGAUCACAGAAAUGAUGUGAAGAAUAACGAAGAAGAGAAUUAUGAGGAGGAAGAAGAGGAGGGGGAGGAGGAUGCCGGUGGUCCAGAUAAGGGAAACAAUCGAAGGGCAGAAAUGUAGGAGGCCUGAAGUGCCUUUUGAGCUGCCUAUAGUGCCAGUCAGGGCUUUCUUUCCCUUGAUUCCCAAAGGAAUAACACUAGCUAUCAUUGAAGAAAACUUGGAUAUUACGCUCAGAAGAUGAGGACAAUAUUCUGAAUGCUUUUGAGGUUUGAAAGGAUCAGCUUACACUGUGGAAAUGGACAGAAUUUGGUGGGUGUAAAUGAGAUACAUAAUGUAUAGUUUUUAUAUAAUUUUUUUUAUUCGUUAAAUUUUCUGGCUACUUGCUCGUCUGCCGGAUCGCCUGCCCGGCUGUUCUUGUUUUUAAGAGCAAACAGAGAAUGUAUUUUUAUCAAAGUGCUGUCUUUGAGUGCGUGUAAAGGAAGCAAAGAUACACUGUGAUUCUAAUGUCAUGUUCAGGCCUUUAUAUGUAUGUUUUAUGCAGGCAGUUGUAAUCGUAGUAGAACUCAAAUGUUCAUUUAUGUAUUGCAUUCCAAUCAAUCAUGCCAUUUUCUGUUAUUUAUUGUUCAUAACAAGAACUGACAAUCGUAAAAGGUGCAACAUUUCGAUUUAAGCGUCAUUAUGACUUUCACCAAUUUUGCAAGACUGAUGCACAGGAGCAUUUCCUGGAUGUUAAUGCGGAUGCCAAUCAGCCAUAAGCCAUUUCUGGUGAAGCUUUCUGUGCUGAAUGUUCACAGUGACACUUGCCUUUCCGGUCUUGGAAAACUCUUCUAAGUCUUUUUUUUUUUUUUUUUUUUUUUAGGUCAUUUUACAUUUGGAAAAACAUUUCAAUGAGGCUGGAGAGAUAAAGGCAUGAUCCUUUUGUAUAAAGCUUCAGCAUGGCCUUAGAUGGAGAAUAUUUCAUGUCCACCACUGGUGGGAAUUUACAAUCUUAAUUUACUGCAGCAUCUUUAGUCUGCUGUACAAUGUAUAGUAAAAUAAAUGCUGAAUAUUUGUACAUUUGUACACCAGUUAUAUUUGAUACAGGAAAAAUGGGGUUUUCAUUGUAUUGAAUUAUUACCUGUCUGGAAUAAAGAGGAUUUCACGUAA